UUAUGGUGCGUAGAUUUGUUAUCGUUAUCGAGGGGACUGCGUUUCUUUCAAGAACUUUGGAAGCAAUCAGAUACGGACGCUCCCGUGCGACGAGAGGGACGGUUCGAACAGAACUACCGUCCGUAGCCCAAGUGAUCGACGUGAUAUUCGAGUUGGAAUUCACUGUACGCAGGUUGCUAUAUUUACUUCGACGACGAACGGGGAAAACGUCAUCGACGAUAGACGAUGCGUCGCGUCGAGACAGCUGGUUUCGCUUGCAAAUAAAGAGCACGUAAUCGGAUCGAUACAACUUACGCCGUUAAAGGUCGAGUUAGGCUCACGAUUUCUCGGUACGACGUUCGUUACGAAUUUUAAUAGUGCCACGAAAUUUUUUGCAUACGAAAUCAAUUACGGCGUGGAACCGGCUCGGCGUACCUUGAGAACAACAAAUAAAAUUCACCGACGAGUUUACACGACGUAAGAAAUUGACUACGGUAAACGAAUCAAAGGCGAGAAAAUGAAAUCCACGUACAAUCAAUCAAAUUCUUGUGCAAUCAAUCUUUGCAGAUUCUUACAUAAGAUUGCGUACACAAAUUCCCUCAAGUGAAUCGUGUAACGAAAACGUAUUGUACGAUAAAGUAGGAAGCCUUUUUGCGACAGUUGCGUCGAAUUGAAUUUCGGGGGAUGGAUGAGGGUUAACGAGGUUCCGGCGCGGCGUCGCGUCAAAAGCUAAUGACACAAAGAUAAUCCCUUUGCGUGUCUCCGCGUGCCGAGCCGUCGCCGGAACCGCGACGAGCGGGCUGUUCAAAGUUCUCGUAAUUUGCGGUUUUCACGGUUGUUUGUUUGCGCACCGAUCUUCCCCGCUCAUUACGCGCUAUGCACUCACUCGCCGGCCUAAAGAUAGACGAAUCAGUUAUCGCAACGAAUUAACCGCGAGUCACGGGAUCCUUGUUCUUUUUCCUCGAUUCACCGUAGAGCAAACAUAAACACUGAGAGAGCAAAUUCGGAAAUGUGUACGAAAAUAUGCGUCUGACGUUACUUUACUACAACGCGCAUUCUCCGUUAAAGAUGAGAGCAUUUAAACAAUAAUGCAAAGCCAGAAUGCAACACCAUCCUCUGAUACAAAGAUUGCCAUCACUCAUAAUAGCGAUUCCCGUUCCACUGGCUGGGCAAGCAAACCCCUCGAAGAAUUUCAAUAUUUUUCUGCUACGAAUUAUCCCGGAGAAGCUUUGUCGUGUCUCGUAUUCGAGAUGAACUCGCCUCACAGAA